AUGCCGGGGCCGCUCGCUUCGAUGACGGCGGCAAUGUACGAGCCCAGGGUGGAGUUCUGCCACGCGGCCCCAGAUGCUGACCUGGCGCGCCCCCAGCCGCCCGCGUGGCCAGAGUGGCUCCCGGCGCCCCAGCCCGGCCCCUUCGACCUGGCCGCCUCCCUAUCCGCCCUCGGCGCCACCCUGCGCCGCGGCGCCCUCGGCGGCCCCGCGGCCUCCGACGCCGCGGCGGCCCCGGCGCCCGAGCCGACGCCGCGCGGCGCGCUGGCCGCUGUCGACACCUCAAACACACUCCCCCUGACACUGCCGGCAAGCGCCGCCCCCGGCUCCGCCGCGCCCGGCGCCGGCGCCGGCGCCGGCAUCGGGGCGGAGCAUUCGUUGGUGGCGGUCGGCUGCCGGCACUGGCUUGCAGGGAAGGUAAAGAUUUACGAUUUUGCUGUGUAUGCAGAUGCGCGCGAGGCGCGCGCCGCCCUGGCCGGCGCCUUCACCGAUGCGGCGGCCGGCGGCGUUGGCACCGCCGCCCGCGAGUCACGGGGCGAGCGGCGGCGGCGGCGGCGGGCGACCAAGGGGGCCAACAAGCAUGCGGGGGAGGCGGCGGGGGCGGAUGCGGCGGGCCUGGAGGCGGCCCAGUUUUGUGGCGACGACGGGAAAGAGAGGCAGGCGGCCGCCAGCUGGUGGCAGCCGCUCCAGCUCUCCCUGGGCUGGUGGCCCCAGGAUGAGCAGCAGCAGCAGCAGCAGCAGGAGCAGGAGCAGCAGGAGCAGCAGCAGGCGCGCGCCGGGGCGGCGCCCCUCGAAGACGCCGGCGCGACGCAGCACGCCGCCUGCGCGCGCCGCCCGCGCCGCCUGCUCCCGCGCCGCUCGCGCAAGCAGCCGCCGCGCCUUGAGCUCGCCGCCGCCCACUCUGGGGACGCUGCGCCGCACGCGCCCGGGGGCGGCGCCGCAGCGGCGGCGGCGGCGGGCCUGCCGGCGGCGCUCAAGUCGAGCGGCGACUGCGGCGUGAGCCUGCUGCUGCGCGCGGCGCGCGACAUCCCCCUGGGGCAGCUGCGUGACGAAUACGAAAAGGUGCUAAAGCGCCGCCUGGAGCGCGUCGGCGGCGACCCCUCGGACCCCGCGCUCGCGCAGCUGCUCGGCAGCUUCACAGACCCGCGGCGGCUGCCGGCGGCGGCGGUCGCAGGCGGGGGGUCGGCAGUGCGGCGGGGGGCCAGCAUUGUCUUCACGCGGCAAGGGCCCGUCGUGGAGGCGCGCGUAGGGUGA